GCCCUAUAUGAAGCCCAGGCGGCGCUCGCGUUGCUGAGCCUGACGCCGGGGGGUGGUGGCUGAGCCGGGGCUGCACUGGAGCAAGGCGGCGGGUUGUUUCCAGAGGGCGGCAGCUGCUAGCAUGGACCCCAGCAGCGAGCAAGGUUUGCUGAGCUCAGACACAGUAUCUGAGGUAGGAGAGGAUGCUGCUGCUACCGUUAAUAUGACAGAAAAUCUGUCUGAAGAAGAACAGGAGGAACUAAGAAAAGAACUUGCUAAGGUAGAAGAGGAAAUCCAGACGCUGUCACAGGUGCUAGCUGCCAAGGAGAAGCAUCUAGCAGAGAUCAAGAGAAAACUAGGAAUCAAUUCACUGCAGGAACUGAGGCAGAACAUUACCAAAGGCUGGCAAGAUGUGACUUCUACUUCAGCAUAUAAGAAGACAUCAGAAACCCUGUCUCAGGCUGGGCAGAAGGCUUCUGCUGCGUUUUCAUCAGUUGGCUCAGUCAUCACAAAGAAGCUGGAAGAUGUGAAUAUACGCUCCAUACAACAUUCAAUUAGCAUGCCUGUUAUGAGAAAUUCUUCUACUUUCAAGUCAUUUGAAGAAAAGGUUGAAAACUUAAAGGUGCCUUCAAAGAAUGUGGAAUCCUUUGCAUCCAUGUUGAGACACUCUCCUUUAGUUCAGAUGGGGCCUGCCAAAGACAAAAUUGUCCUUGGUCAAAUCUUCCACAUUGUAGAAGAUGAUCUUUAUAUAGAUUUCGGUGGCAAGUUUCACUGUGUGUGCAAACGACCAGAAGUAGAUGGAGAGCCCUGUAUCAGAUAUCCAUUCUCACAGCUGAGUACUGGCUUUAGCUCCCUCCAGAGCACAAUGAGACUGCUGUUGGCAAUUGGUUUGAAGGAGUCACUACAGAGCAAAAUGAAGCUCUCUCUUCCGGUGAACAGUUCUGUAAACAAAUUGUGAUUCUGUGCCUGGCAAGAUGCAGCAUUCCCACUUGAUUCCCAGAUACAAGAUGGCAGUUGCAUGAGGCAGAAAUGACAAGAGGACUGUCUGGAAAUGUCAGUUAUCUAAAGGACAGCCCAUUAUAAACUGAAAAUUGUUCAAGAUACUUGAGAUAUACUUAUGCCCCACCCGGGCAUGGGCAUAUCUACAUGAGAGGGUUGAACUGGUUUAUUUAAAGGUGUGAUUUUUAACUAAGUUAAUUAAACCAGUGCAAAAGGAGGUGUGGACACUUUCAUUUUAGUUUAAAUCAGACUCAUUUUGGCUUAACUUAGAUUAAUUAGGAAUUGGUUAGGAAUAAAUCACUCUUAAACCCAAAUAAGAGUGGCCACAUAGAGAAGUGUGCAGUGGUUUAAAAUAACAUCUUUAGCUAGACCAGUGUAACUUUCUCAUGCAAACAAGGCCUUACGUUCCUCUUCCUUACUGAUCAUAAGGGAAUCUUUGGCUUGAAAGAUUCUCCUCCCUGUGAAUUAGAUCAGUUCAUACAAGAAGUUGUACUAGGCACUGACUUAUUUUCUCCGUAUUUGUUCAAAAAUUCAAAUACAUGGACUUUUCUAUGUUAUAGGAACCCAGUAUACCAACUGAUAAUAUUCUAAAGCUGUAAUUAACAGUCUUGAAUAACACCGUGAACUGCAAAAUUUCUUUUGGUAGUGUGUUUUUAAAAUUACUGUUUAAGAUUCUGAAUGACGUUUCCUAAAUUAGAUUCUGAGUACGUUUGCAGGCACAUAUCUGCUUUCAUACAAAUACUUUCCUACAUUGCACAUUCCGUGGCAGUUCAAGCCAUGU